AUGCCGCAGCACUGUCCCCCAUGGGCCGAAGACGGCAAUAUCAUCGUCGUAUCCGCUGAUGACUCCAAGGCCUUUCGCGUUCACCGCAGCAUCCUCUCCAUGUAUUCCCAAGUGCUCGGGGACAUGUUCGUCGCAUCCCACCCUUCAGCAGAGGAGACAUUGAUCGAAGGCUGCCCCGUGGUUCACCUGCAAGAUGCCGCGGACGAUAUCGAACACGUCUUGCGAGCCCUCUAUGGGCGAGGUUAUUACGUUCGUCGAGUUCCUGCGACAACUAUUCCAUUCCCCGUCGUGUCAGCGUUUCUCCGCCUCGGAAAGAAAUACGAGAUCAAAGAGCUCUACGAAGAUGCCAAAGCCUGUCUGGUUUCCGACUUUCCCGACGCAUGGAUGGAGUGGCACUCGCGCUCGAAGUCCAUCGUUUCGCCCUCCCGAAAGGCGCUGUUGUUCAACGUAGCCAAUUUAGCACAGGAGGCUGGCCUGCGUCGAGUCCUUCCUGCUGCAUUCUAUGCAUGUUUAACGCAGUGCUCGCUGCAGGAGAUACAGUGCGGAGUCCAGGAAGAAGGGGAGGUUACAGCUCUUUCUCCGAGGAACAGGGCAAUAUGCAUCUCCGCGUGGCAGCCUUUCCAAAGCUGUGCUAUCAGGACGUUUCUUUGGUUGGAUCCAGCUAACUUUCCGAAACAAUGCCAAUCCAAAAACUCGUGCACCGAGCAUAGAUACGUACUCAUGGGAAAGACGUUCUAUCCUGCUCCUUCUUGUGAGCCGCUGGAGUACUUUGACUUGUCAUGGAACGCAAACGUUUGCAGCGUAUGCUCGGACUAUGCUAAGUCCAAUCAUGGCUCUAACAGGUUCACAGCUUGGAGUCAACUUCCUUCGCUGUUCAGUUUACCAGCGUGGCAUGAGUUGUCGGUCGAGGAUGAAGGUGUGUUGGCCUCGACGAAAUAA